AUGGCGGUGCCGGGGUGCCAGCGGCUGACGUGGGUGCUACGAGCAUGUUGGAAAGUGGCUGUCAGUUCCGCCUUUCACCGGCCGCCUCGGUGGGUUGCAGGUAUUUUCCAGUCCACGAAGAAGCUGUUCCUGAGUGAGCGAGCUGGCCAGGGUCAGACCCUGGAGUUCAUCCGGAAAAACGCUGCUAACGGGCUCUCCGUGGCCAAUUUGGUGGCGGGGCUCUCCUCCGUCCUCUGCAGCCUCAAUAGGCAAUACCACCACUCGUGCUGGCUGCUGCUGGUAGGGUUUCUGCUUGAUCUGGCUGACGGAGCCGUCGCCCGACAGCUCGACGCCUGCUCAGCGCUGGGUGCCAAACUGGAUGAUUUCGCCGACUUCACCACCUUUGGGCUGGCCACAGCUCUGCUGCUGCAGCCGCAGGGCGUCCUGGAUGGGCUGCUGGCCAUCGCCUACGUGAUGGCUGUAUUUGCUCGCCUCUGCUUCUUCUCCAGCGGUAAGCUGGGUGGUUUGGGGGGCAGCAGGGGGGGCUUGGGGGGUGAUUUCCCCCCUCAGCUAAAUGUCUGGCACCCAGCAGGGAUCCCCUUCACUUACCGGGGGCUGCCCUGUCCCUACGCCUCCUCGCUGCUGGCGGGCACCUUCUUGCUGACAGGGGGUAACAUCACCCUGCUGCGCAUCACCGCCAUCCUCAUGAUCCUCUUCAUGGUCGAUCGGGGUUUCUAUCCCCACGACAAGGUGCUGGAGUCGCAGCUCUGGAAGAAAUUGGUUUACGCUGGAGGCGUGGCAGCCGUCCUCUUCUCACCGGCGGUGGUGGCUUCCAUCUAUUGCCUCGCCUGGUCGAUGUCCUACAUCAUCUUCCCCUUCGCCAUCUGGAGCUGCAAAGCCUAACCCCUGCCUUCGCCUAAUGGCUAGUAAAGCCUUCCUCUUCCUCCUCCUCCUCCUCACUCUUGGGUGCCGCCUCCUCCACCGGUAUUUCCCUUCGCUCUUCUCAACGAGUAGGAGCUGCAGCAG